CACUGAAACUCUUAUUGUGAAAGGCGGAGGCGGAAGCGGGUGUUGUUGCUGCGUGUUUAAGCUGCGCUGUCUCAGCCUCGUUAGCAUCAGGAGCUGGUCCUCGGGCUGUCAGUGAAUCUUACAAACGAUCGCCAUGAAUCAAGAGAAGCUCGCCAAACUCCAGGCACAGGUCCGGAUAGGUGGAAAGGGAACAGCCCGCAGGAAGAAAAAGGUCGUUCACAAAACUGCAACAGCUGACGACAAGAAACUCCAGGGCUCGCUGAAGAAGCUGGCGGUGAACAACAUCGCAGGGAUAGAGGAGGUGAAUAUGAUAAAAGACGAUGGGACGGUGAUCCACUUCAACAACCCCAAAGUGCAGGCGUCUCUGUCCGCCAACACCUUCGCUAUCACAGGCCACGCCGAGAUCAAACAGCUGACCGAGAUGCUGCCAGGCAUCCUGAGCCAGCUGGGAGCCGACAGCCUCAGUAGCCUGCGUAAGCUGGCCGAGCAGUUCCCACGGCAAUCAAUGGACAUGAAAGCAGUCAAGGAGGAAAAUGCAGAAGAGGAGGACGACGAUGUUCCAGAUCUCGUGGAGAACUUUGACGAAGCCUCAAAGAACGAAGCAAACUGAUGAAUCCUCCUUAUUCCUCCGUCAGCCGUUUUUAUUUUUACCUCUUGCGGACUCACAAAGGGCAUUUCCUGUUGUGGGGGAAACGGUUGUUAAAGGUGCAAUGCAUCAUCUCCGGAGACGUGAACCACUUUGGUUCAGCCUGCCACAACAGCAAAAUACAACCGUGACAACAUGCAGAUACAGUAGGUUUUGAUUUCAGUAGGCGUUGAUAUUGUGGACACUCCGAGAAAAGAGGAUCUGUAUAAAUCUUCGCACCCAAAGGACUCAAACUACUUAAGAAAUACUUUAAGCUUUCUACAUGGUUCAACGUGGCUAGUAUUUAAGAGAUUGUUUAUUAAAUUACAAUUAAAGUGAAUGAGUAAUUCAUUUUACAUAUAGUGGUGAUAAUGAAUUUAAUAAAACAUUUUUGGGCUAUUCA